AUGAACACAAGUGGCAGCAAACCGAAUAUAUGGCGAGUCCCCACCACGAUCGACAGUUCGCCUCUGUCCAAGGGUCAGUCCUCUACCUCGCCUCUGGGUUUUGCUAAGCCCCUUCCGACAUGGAGUAGUGCGCCCCCCGAUUUGGGUCUCUCCUCCGACGGUCUUGCCUCGAAGCCCCAGGAGCUCACUCGUUUCCCUUUUCACCUAGCCGAUCCCUACAACUUAGGAAUGAUGUCCACGACAAAUGCUGUGGCGCGAUUUCUACUGGCACAGGUGGGAGCGGCCGCGCUGUCCUCAUUUGGUCCGACCACCGCCACAUUCGUCGACACUGCUACCACCUUCACCGCUACCACUGCUCCUGCCAUUGAGCAACGCUGUGAUAGAAAUCUAUUCAGCAUUGCUAACCACAUCGGUGAUGUGAAAGAGAGAGAAGGCGAGGGCAAUGCCCACAACGGAAACAACAGUGCAUCCCGUGAGUAUCCUAUUAAAACAGAUAUCUUGACCCAGAGAUUAAACAAAAUGGUGCUGUUCUAG